AUGGCAAAACCCAGUAUUGGGGGAAGUUUUGUUGCAUCCAUUCUUGAUACCAAAGACCUCUUCAGGUUGGUGCAUUCAGACAGGGAAUCCAUUCCAGAUGUCCCAGCAGUUUAUUUCCUCAUGCCAACAGAGGAGAAUAUUCAGAGGAUCUCCCAAGAUUUUCAGAAUGGCCUUUAUGAUUCAUAUUUUCUCAACUUCAUUUCUCCAAUUUCUCGCCAGAAACUAGAAGACCUGGCAAGUUCAGCAUUAUCAUUUGGCUGUGUGCCUACUAUCAGCAAGAUUUUUGAUCAGUACCUGAACUUCAUCUCAAUAGAAGAUGACCUCUUCAUCUUGAAGCAUCAGAGCAGUGAUGACAUCUCUUUUUAUGCAAUCAAUCGAGGGGACAUCAAAGACACGGAGAUGGAUAUCAUCAUGGACUCAAUUGUUGACAGUCUCUUCUCUGUCUUUGUGACUUCUGGGGCUGUACCAAUCAUACGAUGCCCAAGAGGAAAUGCAGCUGAGAUGGUGGCAGAAAAGCUAGACAAGAAGUUACGUGAGAACCUGAGGAAUUCCAGAAAUAGCCUCUUUAAUGCUGAUACUCUUCACUCAGGGCAGCUGAGUUUCCAGAGACCUCUGCUGGUGCUGUUGGAUAGAACAGUUGACCUGGCAACUCCACUGCACCACACGUGGACGUAUCAAGCUCUGGCCCAUGAUGUUCUAGAUCUUGCCCUUAAUCGGGUCACCUUGGCAGAAGACUAUGCACAUGCAGCCAGUGAUCAUUCUCGACCAAAGAAGAAGACAAAGUCCUAUGAUCUCAAUCCCUCUGAUCGUUUUUGGAGUCUCCACAAGGGCAGCCCAUUCCCAACAGUGGCAUCAUCAGUACAGGAAGAGCUGGACCAUUACAGGGCUUGUGAGGACCAGGUGAAACAUCUCAAGUCUGCCAUGGGUCUGGAUGGUGAAAGUGAUGAGGCCAUCAGCAUGAUAUCUGACAACACUGCAAAACUGACAUCUGCAGUUUCUUCCCUCCCUGAACUUCUUGAGAAGAAGCGGCUCAUUGAUCUUCAUACCACUGUUGCAACAGCUAUCUUGGAUGAGAUCAAGGGGAGAAAGUUGGAUGUGUACUUCGAGAUAGAGGAGCGAGUGAUGAGUAAGAGUGCCUUUGAUCGUUCCCUAAUGGAGUUGAUCAUGGACCCAGAGAAAGGUUCCCCUGAGGACAAACUUAGACUUUUCCUCAUCGCAUACAUCUGCUGCCCUUCCAUGACUGAGGUGGAAUUUGACCAAUAUGCAUCUGCUUUGGGAAAUGCAGGCUGUGAUAUGAAUGCCUUGAACUAUGUCAAGAAUUGGAAGGCUUUCUCCAAGAUGGCCACAAUGCCUCAGUAUGGAGGUGGAGGGACAAAGACAGUGGGAAUGUUCUCUCGCCUUAUGACCCAGGGCUCCCAAUUUGUCAUGGAAGGAGUGAAGAACCUUGUUGUGAAGAAGCAUAAUCUCCCAGUGACGCGGAUUGUGGAUGCCCUGUUAGAGCAGAAGAAUGGCCCUGAAGUGGAAGAAUACCGAUAUUUUGAUCCAAAGCUUCUUCGCUUCACUGAUUCCAAUUCCAUACCCAGAGCCACAACUCCUUUCAGCGAUGCCAUUGUCUUUGUUGUCGGAGGAGGAAACUAUAUAGAAUAUCACAACCUUCUUGACUAUGCCAAGAGCAAAACAGGAUCAAGCCAGAAGAAGCUCAUUUAUGGGACUACCCAACUGAUAAAUGCUUCUCAAUUCCUUCGCCAGGACGGAACCCCGUACUACACGGUUGGCUUCGCGUUCCGCGCAAUCAAAGAGACUAGG